AUGAACCGCGGGGUGCGUUUCGCCACCACGGCGGAUGAACCGGAAGAUCCCCAUGUGAACCGAGAUGAGCUGUUUCACAUAGUCAGAGACGGCGAGUAUGUUGAUGCCAAGAAGGUCUUAUCACAAGCGGACAUGUCGUGGCGGCAUACGGCCCUUCGGCAAAAUUUUCUUUUUUUCAUUGCGGCACGGCGCCGACGAGGCUCCGAGCUGCUGGCCAAGCAAUGCGUUGCCAUGGGUGUGAAUUUAGAGGAAGUAGAUGUAUAUGGGCAGACCCCGCUGUUCUGGGCUGCAUCACGAGGCAACAUGGCAGUUGUAGACUUUCUCCUUCGGCUUGGCUUUGAAGUCAACUAUCGUGACUACGCGCGGAAGACUGCCCUUUUCUUUGCGAUCGAAAAGAAGCACUUUGAUGUCGCCGACUUCCUUAUCGAACGUGCUGCAUCUAUCAUGGUGCGGUCGAAGGAGCAGAUCACACCGCAGUCGAUGCUAAAAGCGGUGAAUCACAAAGCUCCCCAGAGAAAGAGAAAGUGGGCAUCGCCAACACCGAGUUGCGUAUGCCCUGGCGCUGCAACUCGCAGCCGUUUCGCCAGAUGGGAAUCGGCCCAAGAGGAGCCGGAGCCCCUCAUUGAACGAAGAGAGGACAACGUGGUGCUGGAGAACCACCAGUACUUCGUAUGCUCGACUGUUACAGGCUGCGCGAAGCGGCUGCGGUGCUCAGAACUGGAAUUCGCAGCAGACCAUGCGCAUCUGCACCAGGACACGACGUGGUACGGCACUUUGACCACAGAGCAAGCGGAGGCGUUCGUCAACGUCAACACAGAAGACGAAGACAUCCGUCUUAAGGUCAUUGAAGAGAUGGCGACCGGAGGUCGCCCGUCCGCCUUCACACUACCAGCAGUCUCACAGCAGACCCACACAGUGGCGGGAUAUGUGCACGCAUCUUUCGCAGACCAGACUCUGGUCAUUAAGCAUGCCAAAGUCGACCGCCCCCAUCAAGGUCGCGGCUUGGGCGGUCUGCUGAUCCAAGCGGCCGAGAAGCACGCUCAAAAGCUGGGAGCGGGCAUUGCAACAGUGAAGCUUUCAGUGCUGGAGACCAACGAGCCGGCCAGAAAGUGUUAUGCCAAGUCGGGCUUCCAAUGUUGCGGCGAGUCUCCAUCCAUCUUUCCGCCGUGCAACUGUCCUGAGGACAGCUGCCAUUGUGCCAAUAAGAUCAAGUGGCUGAGCAUGGAGAAGCGCGUCGCCUGA